GUUUAUAAUUUCACAUAAGUGACCCAUUCGUCUUCUUUGUAUGGGUCCCCAGUAAUUUGAAAACUCCUUUCUCGGCGUAUCUGAGAUCGUUCCGGCUAGCUUGAUCCAAUCCGGAGGAAUAAUGGCUCCGGUGUCGGCGCUGGCCAAGUAUAAGCUGGUGUUUCUGGGAGAUCAAUCCGUGGGAAAGACGAGCAUCAUCACUCGAUUCAUGUACGACAAAUUCGACAACACUUACCAGGCCACGAUUGGUAUUGAUUUUCUAUCGAAAACAAUGUACCUUGAAGACCGAACUGUCAGGCUGCAGCUAUGGGAUACAGCUGGGCAAGAGAGGUUCAGGAGUCUUAUUCCCAGUUACAUUAGGGACUCUUCUGUUGCUGUUAUUGUCUAUGAUGUUGCAAGCAGGCAAUCCUUCCUAAACACUACUAAGUGGAUCGAUGAGGUUAGGACCGAGCGUGGUAGUGAUGUCAUUGUUGUACUUGUGGGAAAUAAAACCGACCUUGUGGACAAAAGGCAAGUGUCGAUAGAGGAAGCAGAAGCUAAGGCUCGUGAGCUUAAUGUAAUGUUUAUCGAAACCAGUGCCAAAGCAGGCUUCAACAUUAAGGCGCUUUUCCGUAAGAUAGCAGCAGCUUUGCCAGGAAUGGAAACACUGUCUUCCACAAAGCAAGAGGACAUGGUUGAUGUCAAUCUCAAAUCUUCCAAUGCAAAUGCAUCUUUGGCUCAACAGCAAUCAGGAGGAUGCUCUUGUUAGAACAACAACUAAACACACACACACACACAAAAGUCCUCGAGCCUUCGCAUUAUCCCAAACACUAUCAUCGUUCGUCUGUAAAAUUUUUGCCUGCUUUAUAAUCAGAUUUUUUUUAGAGUGACUUUGUCUUUGGAGUUUCAAAUACUCUGCUUCAGCACUGUGAUUUGUAUGUCUAUGAUUUUAAUUAUAUAACUGUGAGCACACUCA